UCUCCGUUUCUCCCAUCUCUACUCGAGAAGAGAAAAGCUUCCCCUAGUUUUGACGCUACCGACCCUUGGGGUGAAUCCGUAUUUAUUUAUCCCGACGUCUGAAUAAAGGUAUUUUAAUGUUAUUCACCAUCGGAACUCAGCCCACCACCGGAAACGACGGCGUUUAAUCCAUUGGAGCCCGUUCUUGUUGGAUUUGCGUGACUAACAAAAUGGCGUCCAGUAAGGAGACCCAACAGUUUUGUGUUCGUUGGAACAGUUACCAGAGUAAUCUCCAGUCGGCAUUUCCUAAAUUGUUGACAAACGAACAUUUUGUCGAUGUGACACUGGCAUGUGAAUCGAGAAUGGUUAAGUGCCAUAAAGUUGUAUUGAGUGCUUGCAGUGCCUAUUUCGAAAAGCUUCUUGUCCAGAAUCCUUGUCAACAUCCUAUUAUAUUUAUGAAAGACAUGAAAUAUUGGGAGGUUCAGGCUUUGGUCGAUUUUAUGUACAAGGGAGAGGUGAAUGUUACACAAGACGAGCUUGCCUCCCUACUGAAAGCAGCUGAAGCCUUGGAAGUUCGAGGUCUUUGCGGACAACACGAACAAGGAGGGAACAAACUCUCCCUCCCCAGGGGAAUCGAGGCUGCUGCUGAAGGCAUGAUUAAGAAAAGAAGAAUGGAAAGUGAAGUCAAAGAUUUAAAUAGCGUGUCAGGAAAUAACGAUGAAUAUUCAAACGGAAAUCACCAACAAUCACCUGUAAACAAACCAGCCAACACUCUGGAACCUCCAAAGACUGAAGCAUCUCAAACUCCUACAAGCUCUGGAAGCACAUGUGUGAAACAAGAAAUGAGCGUAAAUGAUAGUAAUUUAUUUGAGGAUUUGGAUGAUGACUUUUAUCAGGAUGACAACUCUCUACAGAUUGACGAAACUGGAUCGGCUUAUUCUUUGGCAGGACCGUCUGUACAACUGGACAGUUCCCCUGGCACUGAGGCCAGGAAUGUUUCAGGACAAGAAGGAAAUCAUUGGAACUUGAAUAAUGGCUACCCGAAUGUGAUUUUAACGGAAUCCGGUUCAUCUAACUACGGCACCCCAUCACCAAACAAUGAGACACCCGGCAAAAUUCAGAGGAUACGCAGAUCUGAUGCUGAACUUCUUAGUGCGGCAGAUUCAAUUUGCAAAGGUAUGACCUUCCAGAAAGCAUCGCAGACCUUCAACAUCCCCAUGUCAACGAUCAGGUUUUAUAUGGCUCGUAAAGGAAUGCUACCAAGCAGGCGUAGAGGGAGAAGGAUUUCUCAGGGUAUGGAACAAAACAUGCAAUCACACCAAUCGACACCUCCACAGAUGCAACCACAACCUCAACAACAACCACAGCAACAACCACCCCCACAACAAAUAGCUCCACCUUCAUUAUCCUACCAACAAAUCCCAAACCUUCAAAUGCAAAAUCCUUACUUCAAGCCUGAGCCAAGUGGAUAUUAAAACAAACUCAAAAGUAUUAUUCCCAAUUACCGUUUCUAUUUAAAAAUUAAAUUCACAACUAUAAUUUUUCUUUCUGUUGGACUUAGUGAAUUUAUUAAAUUUAUUUUGUAUGUUUUGUCGUUACAAAAUUGUUUAGUUCUAGACUUGCAGAAAUACUUAUAUAUUCAUAUUUUUUCCCUGAUCUCUUUGUAAUUCUUGGACCUGGGUCACAUAACAGUUUUGCUAUUAGUUGCACAUUGCCCUAUUCAAGACUUCUCAGGAAAUACUACUUACGUGUAGCUUAGCCUUUUUUACUAUGAAACAUACAAAUUGAAAUUCAUCAUUAUUCCUAGAAUGGAUAAUAAUUAUGUUUUUACAUAUUGAAAUCUUGUAUAAAAAGAUCAAAAGUAUUAUAAUCUUGAAGAGUCUUGGUCGUUUGUGAAGUUUUCCAUGUUUUAAUGCAUGUUAGACUUAAUUUUCUUUGGAGCACUUGUAAAAACAAGUCAAUUGUGGUCAUAGUACCCUUUCUUUAUAAAAAGUACAUAUAGUGAAUUAUUUUUAUAAAAUUAUAAAAUAAAGUUGCAGUUAUUAUUAUAAAAAUAGUAAUGGAAUCAAACCCCACCAGGGCAGAUUAAGGAAAAAUAAAAUGGCUAAGAAACGAAGUGAAAGAUGAUUCACUUUUGUCUUAAGAUAUAGUAUUCUAUAUAUAAUCAUAACAAGUAGGACAUUGUAUAUAUAGCGAACCGUAGCCUGUUUUAGUCAUAGAAAACAAAGUUAUCAAAUAUGUUAUAUGUAUGUAUAAAACAAAUAAUAUGCCUUGAAAUUAUGAUGCCCUUAUCUGUUGUUCGUAAUAUUGUACUACAAAAAGAAAAACAUCUUUUUUGCUAGUGGAUUGUUUCUAUUGUCGUUUAUAAAUACGAGAAUUAAUUUUGUAUAUUACAUAUUAUGUGUGUGUCUUUUAAUGCCUUAAAUUUACAUUGCUGAUAUUAUACCAUAAAAGAAAAAGGUCAGGCUUAAUGACAUAAAUCUCCUACUAUAAAACACCAAAUAAAGUAUAUAAUUUGUAAUAGUAUAAUGAUGAAAACAAAGAUCUGUUAGCAUUAAUAAAAGAGUUAUUCUAUAGUGUUAA